AUGUCUCCUCGUAUUCUGCUACUAGAAGAGAAUGGGUACGGUGGCAGCGAGACUAAUCACAAUAUUAGCCAACGCCGCUAUGCAGCUCUCAAGGUUUAUAUAUGCAGUGCUGGAGCCGAACAGGAGUGCAAUGUACUGAGGCAUCUUGAAUCAUUAAAGUCGUCCCAUCCUGGCAAAGCAAAGGUUCGGACGAUGCUCGAUGCCUUUACCGCAGAUGGACCAAGUGGCCGACACCAAUGCUUAGUGCAUGAGCCUCUACUGACGAGCAUUUCACAUCUUCAAGCCUCUCUUCCAAACCAGAGGCUUACCGAACAGGUCUUGAAACUGUUACUCAAAGAGCUUCUAGUAACACUAGACUACCUCCACACCGAGGCUCAAGUCAUUCACACUGCUGACUAUUUGCAAGAUAUCCAAUCGAAGAACAUCAUGAUCGGCACAAACCAGCCAUCUCGUUUCGAGGAAUGGAAAGCACAAGCUGUCCAAGGGCCUCCUUCUCGGAAAAAUGUACCUGGACAUGUUGUCUAUCGAUCUAGGCGCUACAAUAUCGAGGAAGGUAGGGGUGCAUGGGGCCUACCAUUGUUGUCUGAUUUUGGCCAAGCUCGUAUUGGUCCUGGAGACCAUGAGGGUACAAUCCAACCAACCCUUUAUCGCGCACCCGAAGUUGUUUUGGGCAUGAAAUGGGACUCCAAAGUGGAUAUUUGGAAUCUUGGAGCUUUGAUAUGGGAACUUUUCGAAAACUAUUAUAUGUUUCAAGAUCGUGGCCCUGAUGGAGAGUAUUCUGAGGCUCACUUGCUAGCUAGCAUGAUCGCUCUUCUGGGACCCCCUCCAAGUCAAUUUCUUAAAAGAAGUGAUAAAAGCCUGAGAUUUUGGGAUGAGUCAGGCAACUGGAGAGGGCUUGCUGAGAUAGCUGAUGUUUCCUUUGAGGAGUCGGAGCUUUACCUGGAGGGCCGGAACAAAGAUAUUUUUAUUCAAUUUGUGCGGAAGAUGGUGAGAUGGGAGCCAAAUGAGAGGCAAACCGCCAGAGAGCUAUUGAAUGACCCCUGGCUGCUAUCGUAA